AUGGUGAAUGAAUAAGAAGAACUAUUCCCCUCACUUCUCUUGUGUCUUUCCUCCUCCAAUCUUCUCUUGUAGUUGCUUACAUUUCCAUUAGUUUUAUAACACGUUAUCAGCACGAGACUCUUCCUUUUGAAAAGGUUAAAUCCAUAAUUGUUCUGCUCAAGGUAUGUCGAUUCUCCCAAAUUGUUUCUUUAUUGUCCUAUUUCAAUUUACAUAAUUUCCUUUAUUAAUCAACACAUGAAAUCUUUGUUGAGAAUGCAAAGGUAUAAUUUCCUUCUUAAUAUAUAUUUUUUUAUUUUGAAAUUCGAGUUUAUUUAUAUAUUUGUAAAAAUAUCAAAUUGAUAUAUCAUGGGUCACAUAAGUCGUUUGUCUUGAUAGUAAUCUAUAUUUAUUUAUUGAAUUUUGACUUUAAUUUGUGUAUAUUUUUAUGAUAGUAUGUCGAACCUUUCAAAGCUUGAGUUUGUGGCUCUUGAUGUCACUGGAAAGAAUUACCUAUCAUGGGUGCUAGAUGCUGAAAUUCAUUUAGCUGCCAACGGUCUUGGAGACACGAUUAAAGAGGGCAAUGAAGCAUCAGAUCAAGACAAAGCUAAAGCAAUGAUCUUUCUUCGACAUCACCUCCACGAGGGAUUGAAGAAUGAGUACCUUACGGUCAAAGAUCCACUUAUUUUGUGGACUAAUUUGAAGGAGCGGUAUGACCACCAAAAAACUGUGAUUCUUCCUAAGGCUCGUUAUGAUUGGAUGCAUUUGAGGUUACAAGAUUUUAAAUCUGUGAGUGAUUAUAAUUCGGAGCUAUUCCAAAUAACCUCACAACUACUGUUAUGUGGAGAAAAUAUUACUGAUGAAGAUAUGUUGGAAAAAACAUUCUCCACUUUUCAUGCAUCCAAUGUGCUCCUGCAGCAGCAAUACCGUGAGAAAGGUUUCAAGAAAUAUUCUGAGCUGAUUUCUUGUCUCCUUGUUGCUGAACAAAAUAAUGAGCUCCUAAUGAAAAAUCACCAAUCUCGUCCUACUGGUGCCGCCCCAUUCCCAGAAGCGAAUGCGGCAACGUUCACCCAAUAUCCUUAUGGGCAAAUACAUGGACGUGGACAUGGACGAGGACGUGGGCGUGGUCAUGCUCAUGCUCGAGGCCGUGGCCGAGAUCUUGGCCGUGGUAAUGGUCGUGGUGAAAGUUCCAAAAGCUCAUUUUUCCCCAAAAGUGGAAAAAAUGAUGGUAGAAGAAGCAAGGAACAAAGUGUUCAUGGUAACAAACACGUCGAAAAUGUGGGUUACCGUUGUGGUGGAAAAGGUCAUUGGUCUCGUACCUGUCGUACGCCAAAACACUUGGUUAACCUCUACCAAGAAUCAUUGAAAGGGAAGAAGAUAGAAACCAAUUGUAUUUUUGAGGAAGAUGAUUCAGGAAAAGACUAUAAUGAUGCUACUCAUCUAGAUGUGUCAGACUUCUUUGCCCACCCUGAAGGAAAAAUAGAUCACCUGAUUGGUGAUGGGAAUGUUCGCAAGUGAAAAACUUAGCAUUUCCAUUUGAAAUUUCUAUUUCGUUGUCGCGUUGUUCACAAGUGAAAAGUGUAGGUUUCCCAUUUGAAAUUUCACUUUCUUUGUCGUUUUCCUUGAGUGUGUUUUUCCUAUUAAUGUGUCAGUUUGAUAUAAUUUCUCUUUAUAAUCCUUAUGUGGUUAAAUUUCAUCUAUUAUAAUCAUGUCAUUAUUUUUAUAUUUAUUUGGAGAUAUUUUCUUAUAUUGAUUUACUUUCUAUCUUUUGUGAAGAAUGAAUAUUCCCAUGCUUGGCACCAAGAUAAAAAACCAUGAUGUGUGUCUUAUUGAUAGUGCAUCGACACAUACAAUCUUGAAGGAUAAGAAAUAUUUUUCUCAUCUUGAAAUGCGAGAAGCAAAUGUUAGUACUAUAUCUGGAAGUACAAAUCUAAUUGAAGGCUCCGGAAGAGCUAGUGUAUUGUUACUAGAAGGAACCAAGUUGUAUAUCAAUGAAGCCUUAUACUCUUCAAAGUCUCAAAGAAAUUUAUUGAGUUACAAAGAUAUUCGCCGAAAUGGAUAUCAUAUUGAGACAAAAGAAGAAGAGAAUAAAGAGUAUAUUAUGAUAACAAAUAUGGUCUCCGAUAAAAAACACAUAUUGGAGAAAUUGCCUGCUAUUUCUUCUAGGUUGUACUACACGUUUAUUAGUACAAUUGAAACACAUGCAGUGGUAAACCAGAAGUUUACUAAUCUUGAUAAUUUUAUAGUUUGGCAUGACCGGUUAGACCAUCCCGGAUUGAUUAUGAUGCGAAAAAUCAUUGCCAAUACAUGUGGACAUCCAUUGAAAGGUCACAAAAUUUAUCAGUUUAAAGAUGUACCAUGUGUUGCAUGUUCUCGUGGCAAGUUGAUCACCUAUGAAAGUAAGGAGUGAAUCUCUCACAUUUUUAGAACGUAUACAAGGUGAUAUAUGCGGGCCAAUUCACCCACCAUGUGGACCAUUUAGAUAUUUUAUGGUUUUAGUUGAUGCAUCAACUAGAUGGUCACAUGUGUGCUUACUAUCAACUCGCAACCUGGCGUUUGCUAGAUUACUUGCCCAAUUGAUACGACUACGAGCACAUUUUCAUGAUUUUCCAAUCAAGAAAAUACGUCUAGAUAAUGCUGGUGAAUUUACUUCACAAACUUUCAAUGACUAUUGUAUGUCCACUGGGAUUGAUGUUGAACAUCCUGUAGCACAUGUUCAUACACAAAAUGGCCUUGCAGAAUCAUUUAUUAAGCGUUUGCAGCUUAUUGCAAGGCCAUUGCUUAUGAAAACAAGCUUGCCAAUUUCUUGUUGGGGACAUGCUAUAUUGCAUGCGGCAACAUUAAUUCGCAUAAGGCCAACAAGUUAUCAUGAAAUUUCCCCCUUGCAAAUGAUUUUUGGUCAGGAACCUAAUAUUUCCCAUCUAAAAAUAUUUGGGUGUGUCGUCUACAUCCCUAUUGAUCCACCACAGCGUGUUAAGAUGGGUCCUCAAAGGAGGUUGGGAAUUUAUGUUGGAUAUGAGUCCCCGUCAAUCAUAAAAUACUUAGAACCCUUGACGGGAGAUUUAUUCACUGCUCGUUUUGCUGAUUGUCAUUUUGACGAAUAAGUUUUUCCAACAUUAAGGGGUGAGAACAAACAGCUGGGAAAAGAUAUUUGUUUGAAUGAAUUAUCAUUAUCUCACCUUGAUCCUCGUACUAGACAAUGUGAACUGGAAGUUCAAAAGAUAAUUCAUUUACAAGGUUUAGCAAACCAACUGCCAGAUUCGUUUACUGACCAGAAAAGAGUGACAAAGUCACACAUACCAGCUGUAAAUGCUCCAGUGAAAGUUGAUGUCCCUGUUGGACAAUCUGAAAUUGCUAAUGAAUCUAAACCACGAAUGAAGCGUGGUAGACCAGUAGGUUCCAAGGAUAAAAAUCCUCGAAAAAGAAAAGGAGCUAUGAAUCAAGUUGAUCAAAUCGAGGAUAUGAAAGCUCAAGAAGAGUCUCCAAGCAUAACUAAGAUUGUAGUUCCCGAAGAACAUCAAGUACCUGAAAGUUUUGAUAAUGAAGAGAUCUCAAUCAAUUAUGUCUUGGAUGGAAAAUGUUAAGUAAAAUAAUCGUCGACGAUGUUUUUGCUUACGCUGCAGCGUUGAGUGUGAUGAAUGAAAAUGAGGAUCAUGAACCAAGAUCUAUUGAUGAAUGCAAAUCAAGAGAUGAUUGGCCAAAGUGGAAAGAGGCCAUUGAGGCGGAAUUAAACUCGCUUUCAAAGCGAAAGGUUUUUGGACCGGUAGUCCUUACACCAGAAAACGUAAAGCCAGUGGGAUACAAAUGGGUUUUUGUGCGAAAAAGAAAUGAAAAGGGUGAAGUCGUGAGAUAUAAAGCACGUCUUGUCGCACAAGAUUCUCACAGAGACCUGGCAUUGAUUAUGAGGAGACAUACUCCCCUGUGGUGGAUGCAACUACGUUUCGAUACUUGAUUAGUCUAGCAGUUCGAGAAGGACUAGAUCUGCGUCUAAUGGAUGUUGUGACAGCCUAUUUGUAUGGAUCACUUGAGAAUGAUAUAUAUAUGAAACUCCCUGAAGGAUUCACUUUGCCAGAAGCGAACAAAACACAUUCUCGAGAAAAUUUUUCUAUCAAAUUGAACAAAUCCUUGUAUGGAUUGAAACAAUCUGGACGAAUGUGGUACAAUCGUCUUAGUGAAUAUUUGAUGAAAGAAGGAUACACGAAUGACCCUAUUUGUCCAUGUGUUUUUCUAAAGAGAUCGGGUAGUGAGUUUGUUAUAAUAUCAGUUUAUGUUGAUGACAUAAACAUCAUUGGAACUCCUGAAGAGCUUCCAAAAGCAGUUGAUUGCUUGAAGAAAGAGUUUGAAAUGAAAGAUUUAGGAAGAACAAAGUUUUGUCUUGGAUUACAGAUUGAACAUUUGAAGGAUGGUAUUUUUGUGCAUCAAGAAGGAUAUGUUGAAAAGGUGCUUAAGCGAUUUUAUAUGGACAAAUCACACCCGUUGAGUAAUCCAAUGGUUGUAAGAUCACUUGAUGUGAAAAGAGAUCCAUUUAGACCUCAAGAAAGUGAUGAAGAUCUGCUUGGCCAUGAAGUGCCAUAUCUUAGUGCGAUAGGAGCAUUAAUGUAUCUAGCCAGUCAUACACGACCCGAUAUAUCGUUUGCUGUGAAUAUAUUGGCAAGAUAUAGCUCUUCUCCCACUAAAAGACAUUGGAAUGGAGUUAAACAUCUACUUCGUUACCUUCGUGGAACGACAGAUAAGGGCUUGUUCUAUUCGAGUGCAUCGAAGAUGGAUUUAGUGGGAUAUGCAGAUGCAGGAUAUCUCUCAGAUCCCCACAAUGGUAGAUCUCAGACAGGAUAUUUGUUCACUUGUGGUGGUACAGCCAUUUCGUGGGGAUCCACAAAACAAACUAUAACAGCCACAUCAUCCAAUCAUGCUGAAAUCCUAGCAAUUCACGAGGCAAGUCGUGAAUGUGUUUGGUUAAGAUCUAUAAUUCGACACAUCAGAGAAUCGUGUGGACUAUCUCUAGGAAAAAUGAUCCCGACGAUCAUGUAUGAAGAUAAUGCAGCAUGCAUUGCUCAAUUAAAGGAAGGAUAUAUUAAAGGAGAUAGAACAAAACAUAUUCCACCCAAGUUCUUUUUCACUCAUGAUCUUCAAAAGAGUGGUGAAAUAAUUGUUCAAAAAGUUCGUUCAAGUGAGAAUCUAGCAGAUUUAUUCACCAAGUCACUCCCGACGACAAUCUUUGUAAAGCUUGUUCAUGAAAUUGGAGUUCGACGACUCAAAGACCUGAGCUGAUGUGGUCAUGAGGGGGAGCAUAUACGCGCUGCACUCUUUUUCCCUUAACCAUGGUUUUUUCCCAUUGGGUUUUCCUGGUAAGGUUUUUAAUGAGGCAGCAUGAGAUAGCGUAAUAAUGCAAUCUAGUGGUCAUCCAAGGGAGAGUAUUAUGUAAAUAUUUAUAUUUGGAUGACCAAUGGCCUACCACAUUAGAUGCUCACUUGGGAGUUACAUGCAAAUCCCAUUCCUAUAUUAUUAUCUCUAAUUCAUAUGCAUUGAUGUAAGGAUGUAAUGGUUAUCAAAGGGUGCCUAUAAAUAGAGCACACUAUUGUAUCACAAAUGGUGAAUGAAUAAGAAGAACUAUUCCCCUCACUUCUCUUGUGUCUUUCCUCCUCCAAUCUUCUCUUGUAGUUGCUUACAUUUCCAUUAGUUUUAUAACAAUCGACACUUUAUAAACUAGAGUCCAAUUUAUUUGGAUAAAUGUCACAUUUGGUCACUGAGAUUUCUAAAUCGUGUCAUGUUUAGUCACUAAAAAAUUUAAUAUCAAUUUAGGUCACUCGAAUUACUGAAACAUGUCACAUUUAGUCACUCUCUCGUUAGCCUUCGUCCAACUCCGGUCAUUCAAAUUACUGAAAUGUGUCACAUUUAGUUAUUCGAAUUACUGAAACAGGUCACAUUUAGUAACUCUCCCGUUAUUUUCCGUCAAACUCCAUUAAUGGAGUUGGCCGAAAGCUAAUGGGAGAGUGACUAAAUGUGACAUGUUUCGGUAAUUCGAGUGACCUAAAUUGAUAUUAAAUUUUUCUAAUGACUAAACAAGACACGGUUUAGUAAUCUCAGUGACCAAAUGUGGUAUUUAUCCCAAAUAAUUGAGGUUAAGUAUCCGCACGAAAUUCAUCUACAAGUAUAUUGUUGUUAGCUUAUUAGUUACUAUGCAUGUCUAUCAUACUUUAUUUUAAGAAAAAACACACAAUUGGUACCUCAACCCGAAUUGUAAAUGAAUGAUUGACAAAUAGAACACUCGUAUUGAAAUACCCCUUCAACCACAUAUCAAAGACUACCUUGCUCCAUAAGAAAUUCAAGGCAAUUAGUAUGCGACAUUGCCUCUUCCAUUCCAAAAAUAGGGUAAUAUCUAGUUCAAUUAUGGUUUAAAUAAUUCGGACCUAAUUACACAUAUUUUUCCUUCACAUUUUCAUAGUUUAGCUUGAUUUGGAGUGUUCCCUUAGUCUAUUUUAUACUAGCUUGCACUUGUGUGUGUAGAUUGCAGGUUCUAGCAGGUAAAUAUGACAAAAGGACCGAUGUUGGACAAGUUGGGGAGAAAUCGGGACAAAAGAGCACAAGGAAUUAUAGGUGUCAAAACAUGACCCGACCCGAGUAACCCGCCCAACCAAUCCGAUCCGCGAUCCGCCCGCAACCCGAUUAGACUAAAAGUCAAAGACCGGCAACCCGCCCGACCCGUAACCCGCUUGACCCGUAACCCGCUUGACCCGCAACCCGCUUAACCCGCAACCCGCUUGACCCGCAACCCGCUUGACCCGAACCCGAUUGACCUGCAAUCCGCUUGACCUGCAACCCGCUUGACCUGCAACCCGCUUGACCCGCAAUCCACUUGACCCGUAACCCGACUAACCCGAACCCGAUUAACCCAACCCGAACCCGCCCGAUUGGCACGAAUAAUACUACAUAAUAUAUUUUUGUGCAUAAAUAUUAUAUGAAGAUAAUAUAUAUAUAAAGUUUAUGUGACUUGCCCUAUUAUUUUUUCAUCUUUCCCACCAAGAACAAAGGUUUACUUUGUGUUGACAAAUAAAAACUGUCAUUUAAUUGAAUCACAUAAUAGUCUCACUGUCUCGGUAGAUAAGUAGAAAUCCUAGGAGGGUUGUCAACAUUUUUUACAUUUGGUUGAUGUAUAUAAAUAAUAUAUAUAGAUAACACAUACAUAUGAAAAACAUGAUUGGCUUAAUUAAGCCAAUCAUAUAUCAGUACCUAAUAAUUACAAUAUUUUUUCUUCCACACAUAAUAUAACUGGUCACAUAAC